AGCCAGGGUAGUGGUGGUGGGACAGUCGCUGGACCCUGCUCACGAAAGUCUUUGACCACUGCAUUAUCUCCCGUCUAACUUUUAGUCUCAUUCUAGAACUGUUUUAUCUCCAACUUACAGUCUGCCUUUGGAAUCUGCUUCAGCUUCAGCUUCCAGUCUACCCUUGGAAAGCUGUUGGACGAGCGUUACAGAUGUUAAGUACCAUGGGAGGACGAGGCUGCUGUUGUCUGGGGUACUGGCCCAGUACCACCCUUAUAGUGGCUCUCCUGUCACUACUGCCCUCUGCUGCACUGGGCUCGGAGGAAACAAUGGGCUUCACAAUAGAUGACAUCAUGCCGUUGGACAAGUCCAAGUACGACAAGAUGAGGCCGCCCAAGAAGGACGGACGGGCCACUACCGUAUACUUCCACGUCACAGUCAUGGGUAUCGACUCCAUCAACGAGAACUCAAUGACCUAUGCGGCCGACAUUUUCUUCGCCCAAACUUGGAAAGAUCAUCGACUUCGCCUACCUGAGAACAUGACGUCAGACUACAGGUUGCUGGAUUUGGACUGGCUCAAGCACCUGUGGAGACCAGACAGUUUCUUCAAGAACGCUAAACAAGUGACCUUCCAGACUAUGACUAUACCCAAUCACUACGUCUGGCUCUUUAAUGAUAAUAAGAUCCUCUACAUGGUCAAACUGACAUUAAAGCUGUCGUGUGCUAUGAACUUCGCCAUCUACCCCCACGACACCCAGGAGUGUAAACUACAGAUGGAGAGCUUGUCCCACACAACAGAGGAGCUGGUGUUUGAGUGGGAGUCGGAUAUUCCCCUGGUGGUGGAUGAUAGCAUUGAGCUGCCUCAGCAAGACAUCACCCUCAAUUACACCUCAGACUGCACUCAGGUCUACUCCACGGGAAACUUCACGUGCCUGGAGGUGGUGUUCAGGCUGAAGAGACGUCUGGGUUACUACGUCUUCCAUACCUACAUUCCCACCUGCCUCAUUGUUAUAAUGUCGUGGGUGUCAUUUUGGAUCAAGCCGGAGAUAGCACCUGCGAGGGUGACCUUGGGAGUGACCUCACUGCUGACAUUAUUUACCCAGCAGGCCAAGUCACAAGCAUCGCUGCCGCCAGUCUCAUACAUCAAAACCAUCGAUAUAUUCAUGUCAUCAUGUACAGUGUUUGUGUUCAUGGCCCUAAUUGAAUAUGCAGUGGUGAACAUCAUUCUGGGAGACGGGUCUGGUGAGACUGCCAAAGGACCCACCAAGCCUGAGCCCAAGCCCAGCAAAGCCACAGACCUAGCCAUCAAGGAAAGUAGACGGUUUCUGCUAGGUGAGCCACCUAAACCAGCAGGUCCUUCGCCCGCACAGAUCCGUCGAGGCCAAGCCCUAAUGGUUGACCGUGUCUCCCGAUAUCUGUUCCCCAUCUCCUUUGCUAUCCUGAAUACUGUUUACUGGAUCAGUUUCAGGCAGUAUUUAUAAGGCCUUCAUAUCCUGAAGAAGGGAAGAAGCAGCACUCUAACAAUAUCACCUUCAGGCAAUAGCUGUAACAGUUAAUCAACUGUUAUCAA